AUGGCCCGCUCUUUGUUCCUCCUGCUCGCCGCCGCCCUGUGCAGCCACGCUGCCACCCUCACCUAUGACUUCAACGUGACCUGGGUUGCCGCCAAUCCCGAUGGGGCUUAUCGUCGCACCACCAUUGGCAUCAACGGCCAGUGGCCUCUGCCCGCCAUCGACGUUACCAAGGGCGACCGCGUCAUUGUCAAUGUCAACAACCAGCUCGAGACUGAGAGCACCAGCCUGCAUUUCCAUGGCAUCUACAUGAACGGCACAAACCACAUGGACGGCCCCACCGGCGUCACCCAGUGUGAAAUCCCGCCCGGCAGCUCCUUCACCUACAACUUUACCGUUGACCAGCCCGGGACCUACUGGUAUCACUCUCACAACCGCGGACAGUAUCCUGACGGACUGCGCGGGCCCUUCAUUGUCAGAGACCCGGACAGUCCGUUCAAGGAUGACUACGACGAGGAGGUUGUCUUAACUUUCUCGGACUGGUACCAUGAUCGCAUCCCGACCCUUAUGAAAAGCUUCAUCAGUGUCACCAAUCCUACUGGAGCAGAGCCUGUUCCCAAUUCGGCAUUGAUGAAUGAUACCCAAGACCUCACCUUCCGAAUGACUCCGGGAAAGCGGUACAUGUUCCGCCUGAUCAACAUUGGAGCUUUCGCCGCACAGUACGUCUGGUUCGAAGGGCACACAAUGAGUAUUGUUGAAGUCGAUGGCGUCUACACGGAGCCUGCAGAUGCUGAGAGACUCUACAUCACUGCCGCCCAGCGUUACAGCGUAAUCAUCACAGCCAAGAAUGAAACCAACUCCAACUAUCCCUUCGUUAGCAGCAUGGACGAGGACCUUUUUGAUACUGUUCCCUCGACCCUCAACAACAAUGUAACCGGAUGGCUCGUCUACGACGACAGGAAUGCGAACCUUCCGCCUUUGCAGAUUGGCGAUUACGACGCUUUUGAUGACUUUUUGCUCGUGCCACAAGACGGCUUGGCCUUGUAUGAUCACGUAGACCAUUCCAUUACGCUGGAUAUGAAGAUGGACAACCUUGGAGACGGCGCAAACUACGCCUUCUUCAACGAUGUGACGUACGUUGAGCCGAAGGUGCCGACUCUCUACACCGUUUUAUCCACCGGGAACAAUGCCACAGAUCCCGUCAUCUACGGUAGUAACACGAAUGCCUUCGUCUUGGACAAGGGCGAAAUCGUCGAGAUCAUUCUUAACAACAAUGACCCCGGCAAGCACCCCUUCCAUUUGCAUGGUCAUGCAUUCCAGGCAGUCGUUCGCUCUCAGGAAGAGGCCGGUUCCUACGUUGGAAAUGAAACCUUUCCUUCAAAACCCAUGCGUCGUGAUACCAUUCUCGUCCGCCCCAAUGGCAACAUGGUACUGAGGUUCAAAGCCGACAAUCCUGGCGCCUGGCUUUUCCACUGUCACAUCGAAUGGCACGUCGCUUCAGGUCUCAUCGCCACGAUGGUCUCAGCCCCACUCGACUUACAAUCCUCACUUCGCAACAACAUACCCGCUGAUCACUGGCGUGCCUGUCUCGCCGCCGGCACACCCACUGCGGGCAACGCUGCUGGAAACACCAUUGAUUACCUUGAUCUCUCUGGUGAGAACAAAAGCCCUGCACCAUUACCCUCUGGCUUCACUGCGAGAGGUAUCGUCGCGCUGGUAUUCAGCUGCAUUUCCGCCGUUCUAGGAAUGGCGGCCAUUGUCUGGUAUGGCAUGGCACCGCUGAUGUCGCCGAGUGAGAAGCGUCAUCAGCAACAGCAACAGCAGCAGCAGCAGCAGCAGCAGCAGCAGCAGCAGCCACUGGGCCGCCCAGUGCAGGUUGGUAUCAUGCCACCGGCUGUGGCCGCGAACCGCCAGAGGAGGCAGUUGAGCCGGUCGGAUCUAGAGGCAGAGAUGCGCGGGGAGAACGACAAGAUGACGAUGGUGGAGCAGCGGCGGUCCAGCCGUGGUUCGUCCAACAUGCUUCAGGACGCAACGGUGAGGGGGAGCCGUAGCUCGUCGCACAUGCUAGACGUUCCCACGAGGAAAACCAGUCCCGGGCCCGGGCAGAUGAUGCACUCGCGGACGGGUAGCCAUGGGUCAGGACAUGUGCUCGAAUCGAGGUCGGGCAGUCGGGGGUCAUCGACUGUGCUGGAGAUGUCGAGAAAGAACAGCCGCGGAAGCGAGAUGAUGCUGUCUUGA